UCUCUCUCUCUUAAAGGUUACAAAUUACAAAAAAAAGAAGUGAAACUGUGUUAUUUUCAGGGGAACUACACCUUCACAGUUGGGUAUCAUGAAUUAUUAGGGAAGAAAGUGAUUUUGAAGAAGCCAUUGUUGGUAUUAAGAAAGGGUUCCAUCAAUGAAGAUGCUUCUCCAAAUUCACAGCCUACCUUGGAUAUAAUUGGAAUAAUCCGCCAUCGAAUUCUUUUCAAGACUCGUCCCAAAGCUUUAAUUUCUAUCUUGAUUUGUUUUUUUAUUCAUGCAGAGCCUGUCACAAAGGGAGCAAGUUGAUUCUCCAAAUUUGCCUCCCAAUUGAUCAAGAAUGGUUAGGCUUCCCAAUUUUAUUUUCUUUUUAAACUUUUAAUUCGUGAAUAUUACGAAAGAGGCUUGUCUAUUUUCUCAUAUUCAGCAUAAUAUUUUUUGCUUGUAUUAAAAAAUUGCAUUAUAUCCUAUACAAAUCAUACUUUUCUA